AAAGUAACGGAAGCAGUAACAGAAGGAGAGUGAUCCGUUAUUAUGCUAUCCUGUGUUGUGAAAUACUGAAAUCUGAAUUGCUAGGAUUGAUUGAAGGCAUGGCAGUGUUUUGUAUCCAAAGCAACUUGUCUGGGUUGGCAAACCCAAUUCCCUCAAGAAGAAUGAGUAGGCGAGGAGCCUUAGCUUUUGCCUCCUCCAUUCUUGUUUCUUCUUGGCCUGCCCUUGCUAAUCUCAAUUCAUCUACACCACCUGCACUUGCUCACAACCUGCUACAAGAUGAGUUUCAGCAACAAGAACACCUUCUUGUCCACCUUUUUGAGGAAACAUCACCAUCUGUUGUUUUCAUUAAAGACAUUGAAUUGAGGAUGCUGGAUGAGGAUGAGGAUGCAGAUGCAAAAGUCCAAGGCACUGGUUCUGGCUUCAUUUGGGAUCAAUUUGGUCACGUAGUUACUAAUUACCAUGUUGUUGCCAAACUUGCUACUGAUACAAGUGGUUUACAACGUUGUAAGGUUUUCUUAGUUGAUGCCAAAGGGAAUAGCUUCUACAGUGAAGGAAAGAUAAUUGGGUUUGAUCCAGCCUAUGAUCUUGCUGUUCUCAAGAUUGAUGUUGAUGGGCACGAAAUCAGGCCUGUGGUUCUUGGUCAAUCUAACAAGUUACAUGUAGGUCAAAGUUGUUUCGCAAUUGGGAAUCCUUAUGGAUAUGAAAAUACUCUCACAACAGGGGUGGUGAGUGGUUUAGGGCGUGAGAUACCUUCACCAAAUGGAGGAGCCAUUAAAGGAGCUAUUCAAACUGAUGCAGAUAUUAAUGCAGGAAACUCAGGUGGACCAUUGAUUGACUCAUACGGCCAUGUUAUUGGCGUAAACACAGCAACCUUCACCAGAAAAGGGAGCGGAAUGUCAUCAGGUGUUAACUUUGCAAUUCCCAUCGACACUGUUCUCAGGACUGUACCAUAUCUUAUUGUUUAUGGAACACCUUACAGUAAUAGGUUUUGAUCAACCAUGUUCCAUAACUAUCAUUUGAUAACGAAUGAAUGACAUGUUUGAUUGAUGUUCAAACAACAACCUUUACAAGCAUGCUAAAUUACUAGCAAUAUUAAUCUCAGAUAUAAUAGCAUGACUUGAGGUGCAUAAAUCAACUAUUCUCGUGUAUCAAUAUAUCAAUUGAAAAAUCAACAAUGAAUACGUGGGAGUUUUUCCAC